AGUGUACACAUACUUAUUGACCAAGUUUGUAACUGAAGCCGCUAUAACGCCAGUACAUGUAUCGCGCUCCGGGACGCUUUAGGCUGGCUGUGUUCCGUGGACCGCAAUACCCCCAGUAGGGCCUCGCGCAUCUACCCCGAGUACAGCGAUGAUAUAGUAACAGUCGGCCGUAGGACGACGGCGGGACGCUACUGUCGUGUUUACUGUGUCAGAGUCUGCUGAUUAUCACACACAUGUAUAUAUAUAGGAUAUUACAGGAUGGCGGGUGGACGUCGUGAACAUUUCUUAUCGUGUGUAUCUCUAGUCUAUACAUUGAAGGUUGUGAUAUUCUGUUCAUUGUGAGGAUGGGAUCUAGGGUUGAAAUUAUACCAUCCGCCCGGACAGGCGGUCAGUCAGAUUCCGCAACUGCUGCUGAAGAUGAUGACGUCACACCCCCAUGUGGGUGGUGCUCGUUCCGUCCUCGGGUGUGCCAAAGGUUCCGGACCCCCAGAUGGCUACUGUUUUGUUUAUGCUGGGUUUCUUUCAUUCAGGGAAUGAUCGUUGGCGGGUUCACGAGUGUCAUCAUUUCGAGUGUGGAGCGACGUUUCCAGCUGAGUAGUACAGAGUCUGGACUGAUCUCGAGUUUUUACGAUAUCGCCUCCGUCCUAUGUCUAAUGCCCGUCAGUUACUUUGGGGGGAUGGGCGUAAAAUCUCGGUACCUUGGUGUGGGCAUGUUUACCAUUGGUAUCGGCACUAUACUAUUCUGUCUGCCUCACUUCACUACAGACCUUUAUCAAAUGAGCACAGAUGACUCGAGCACGCUCUGUACGACUUCCGGUGGGAAAGUCACAGAAUGUGGUUCCACCGGAAGUCUGUCGUACUACAAGUAUGUGUUUUACGUUUCCAUGUUAGUCAUGGGAGCUGGAGGUUCACCACUGUUUACUCUAGGGCCAACAUUUCUGGAUGACAGUGUACCAGUCAAAUCAUCAUCUACAUAUCUAGGUAUCUACCAUGCGAUGAAUAUCGUCGGCCCCGGAGUAGGGUUCCUAGUUGGCGGAGCAUUUCUCAAGGUGUAUGUGGAUUUCGACAAAGUAGACGAGUCCAAGGUGAACACCAAUUCCAACAGCUCACAGUAUGUAGGUGCUUGGUGGAUCGGUUACCUCAUAGGAGGGGUUCUAGCUAUAGCUGUGUCUAUUCCAUUGGCUGGGUUUCCUAAAUCUCUACCCGAUUCAGCGAAAUUCAAGCACGAAAAGGAUAAGGAAGUCCAUGCUAACGGUGAAAUCGAGGAAAACACCGAGAUGAGUACCAAGGGCAAAAAACUGGACAUGAGGAACCUGGCGCGUUCACUAAAAAUUCUAUUUAUGAACCCAAUGUUUGUGUGCAUGCUGUUCGUCACCAUCACCAGUGGGUUUCUGUUGGCUGGUUUCGCCACAUUUUUGCCAAAAUUCUUUGAAAUCCAGUUUGGGUUGUCAUCAUCAGCAGCCGCCCUUUACGUUGGUGCCUCUGCUAUUUGCGCUGGAGCAGGUGGGACAUUCUUAGGCGGAUAUAUAGUGGAGCGGUUUAACCUACAAAUCCGAGGGAUCCUGAAACUCAGCUUAGCACUUCUCGGAAUGGCUCUGCUCACUUCCCUUAUAUUUAUAGCAAAUUGUUCCAGAGUACCAUUCGCCGGCAUCAACGUAGCAUAUGGCGACUUAACAAAAAGUGUCUUUGUAUUCUCGGGGACCUUUAAGAACGAUAGCUGUCACUCCAGUUGUAAUUGCGUCCGGGACAAUUUAAACCCUGUCUGUGGCAAGGAUGGUAUCACCUACUUCUCACCUUGCUUUGCCGGAUGUGCAGUCGUUUCUCAGAACGAGGAACCAUGGGAAUAUAACAACUGCAGCUGUGUGGGAAAUGUUGUAGGAAGUGUGGAUGCUACGUUAGGCACGUGCGAGAGUUCGUGCCAAUACCUACCUGUAUACAUGGUCUUCAUUGUGUUAAACAUGUUCUUCUCAUUCUGUAUGACAAUGCCUUCUCUCACCGCCUCUCUCAGAUGCAUUCCCACGAAACAGAGGACGUUUGGUCUGGGUAUACAAUGGGUAAUAGCCAAAUGUUUAGGCUUUAUUCCGGGGCCCAUCCUGUUCGGGAAGCUGAUAGACAUGGCUUGUGUUUACUGGCAGGAUGACUGUGGUGACGAGGGCUCGUGUAUUCUGUACGACAACGAGAAGUUAAGCUAUCAUUUUCUUGCCAUAACCGUCGUGGGUAGAGCUCUAUCCCUUCUGUUCCUUCUGUUUGCCUUACUUGUGUACAAGUCCCCAUCAGAUACCGAGAGUGACGUCACUGGUAAAGGAAAAGUUGCAGACGACGGAAGUGACUUCAAUAGUACACCGGAUAUAGAUUCACAUAUUGUAAACGGUGUCCGAAUGAGACGGUUGACGGAGAGGGAAAUUUUUAAUUAUACGGACACCGAAAAUGUUGUUGCCGUUGAUGAAUCUAAACAUCCAGAAGUGUCAGGGAAAACAUUUGAAAAACCGGAUAUGACCAAACAAAAUGAAGUGAUGAUAAAUGUAGCUGAAAAUAUGUCUAUAAGUACAGAUUAUGAAAGUGAGAAUGUUGAUAACGAAAGUAGAAGUAGUCAAAACUUUGAAAGUGAAAAAGAUAGUAUAGAUGAAACCCGGUCAUCGGCUAGAGAAGCUGAAAUUGACAAUGAAGAAACAGAUGCAAAACCAGAUAAAACUAGACCAACACAAAAUGGUAUAAUAAGGAAUAAUUUCUUCCAAAACGACGAAAGCUCAAAAGAAGACAUUGGCUACCAGUCACAAGAGAGUGAUAAAUCUGACGAGGUGUCCUUAGAAAACAACAGAGAGUCGCUACAGGGCAAUGAUGACAGUGACGAUAACUCUAUUGAUGACCAUGCAGGGAAAUCUAAAAGAGAAGCAACGAUGAAUAUAGAGGAUGUAGACGAUGUCGAGGAAUUCUUCAAAAAAUAUAAAAACAAUGAUGUCAUUAAUACAGAAAAUCUGUGUGAAGUUGAAGUGCUCUGAAGAAGUUAGUUGUCAUAAUAAUUCAUAAAGAGACAAAGUCAUAUAUUUGCGUAUCAGGGGAUGUAUACCUAUGUCAGGCAGGGAAACUUUUUGUUCAUUUGAAGGUGAAUGUUCGAAUCUCGUUUUUGAAUGGGCCAGCCUUCUAAGGAUGUCGCUUUAAAUAAUAGUAUUUCAUUAUGUUUCUCUCGGUGUCUCGGUGAUAACCGUUUAUUGACCUUAUGACGCAUGCUUCUACCCUACUUGCAAAUAAAGCUACAGGACAGGUGGUGAAAUCAAAGUGCUUUAUAUCAUUUUUAAAUUCCUAGGUGAUAAUAUGUGAUAACAAUUGGAAGACAAUGCCUACGAAAAAACCAGUGUCACCUGUCAUUGACCUUGCUGCUUAUAUGAGUGGGAUGGGGAAGACGUGACCAAAUAUUCCACCGGUAAAACAUGACGAACUUCCACCGGUAAACCAUGACGAACAUUUCACCGGUAAAACAUGACGAACUUCCACCGGUAAACCAUGACGAACAUUUCACCGGUAAAACAUGACAAACAUUUCACCUGUAAAACAUGACGAACUUCCACCGGUAAACCAUGACGAACUUCCACCGGUAAACCAUGACGAACAUUUCACCGGUAAAACAUGACAAACUUCCACCGGUAAACCAUGACGAACAUUUCACCGGUAAAACAUGACAAACAUUUCACCUGUAAAACAUGACGAACUUCCACCGGUAAACCAUGACAAACAUUUCACCUGUAAAACAUGACGAACUUCCACCGGUAAAACAUGACAAACAUUCUACCUGUAAAACAUGACGAACUUCCACCGGUAAAACAUGACAAACAUUCUACCUGUAAAACAUGACGAACUUCCACCGGUAAAACAUGACGAACUUCCACCUGUAAAACAUGACGAACUUUCCACCUGUAAAACAUGACAAACAUUCUACCUGUAAAACAUGACGAACUUCCACCGGUAAAACAUGACGAACUUCCACCGGUAAAACAUGACGAACUUUCACCGGUAAAACAUGACAAACAUUUCACCUGUAAAACAUGACGAACUUCCACCGGUAAAACAUGACAAACAUUCUACCUGUAAAACAUGACGAACUUCCACCGGUAAAACAUGACGAACUUCCACCUGUAAAACAUGACGAACUUUCCACCUGUAAAACAUGACAAACAUUCUACCUGUAAAACAUGACGAACUUCCACCGGUAAAACAUGACGAACUUCCACCGGUAAAACAUGACGAACUUUCACCGGUAAAACAUGACAAACAUUUCACCUGUAAAACAUGACGAACUUCCACCGGUAAAACAUGACAAACAUUUCACCUGUAAAACAUUACGAACUUCCACCGGUAAAACAUGACAAACAUUUCACCUGUAAAACAUGACGAACUUCCACCCGUAAAACAUGACGAACUUCCACCGGUAAAACAUGACGAACUUCCACCUGUAAAACAUGACGAACAUUCUACCUGUAAAACAUGACGAACAUUUCACCUGUAAAACAUGACGAACUUUCCACCUGUAAAACAUGACGAACAUUCUACCUGUAAAACAUGACGAACAUUUCACCUAUAAAACAUGACGAACUUUCCACCUGUAAAACAUGACGAACUUUCUACCUGUAAAACAUGACGAACUUUCCACCUGUAAAACAUGACGAACUUCCACCUGUAAACAUGACGAACAUUGCACUGUAAUACAUAGGUAUUAUAGUUAUACAAGAUAUUUUAACUUUGGGGAAAUAUUUAGGUUAAAAUUGUCGAUAGAAAAGCAUAACAAAAGAAAAAGUUAUCUGAUGUUUUCCUUAAAUCCAAUGAAAAUUGAAUGUGAAAAAAUAAGUGGAGGACGUUGAUUAAUCCGGUGUCAGAACUUUUAUUUCCCUUCGAUUUGAUCUCCCUUCGAUUUUGUCCCUCGAUAAAUUCAAGGAAUAAAGAAAAUAUCACGUGACUCGUACGGUCGUCAUUAACACCUUUUCAUUAUAGUAAUUAAAAAUUUCCAUAUAACUUCUGACGUCAAAAUGACAUGACAACUAAUUUUAUUUAUUGUAAUAAGUGUAUCAAGAAUAUCACUCUAGCCAUAUACAACAUUUUUUAUUUGUUUUUGUCAUAUUAUUAUGAAGAUAUGAUUUGGUCAACUCCAUCGAGAGCAGAGAUAUUUUGUAAGCUGAAGUGUGCGUAUCAUAUUAUGUUUGUUUGUCCAUUAAUGAACACAAUGAAGAGUUAAAAUGGAGACUAACAGGUACACCAUUGAGCUAAGUUUUCAUAUUCAUUUUUUACAAUCGCUAAUCUCUAAGAACCGGUGGGUGAUAUCGUCAAUUAGAAACUGAGACCGGGGUUGCAAUAUCUUCAAGUUGGAAGCCUAAUGAUACUGUAUCAUAAUUGGUGAAUAAUAUGAACAAUACCAUCUAUGUAAGUUUGUACUUUGUUAGCUGUAAAAAUAUGCAUUGAUAUUUGAGAUUUGGUUCUCAAACACACGUCUUUACAGGUCAAUUUCUUGUUAAUUAAUGCCUAGAUUUCCAUGGAUACGUUGAUAGCUUAACUGAUAAAACCGCCGUAGUGGGAAACAAAUUAACAAUGCAUCUAAAAUUAAACCCAUGAGUAUAGACUGUUAAAUAUCGGUUGUUUAGCGAGGUAUAUUAAUUUUUCAUCAAUCUAUUGUUAAACUAAAUAUACUCUGAUUUUCGCGUUGUUUUUAUGAACCCUUCACGUCCAGAUAUUCCCUGUUAAUUUCUGUGUCUAAAGUGUUUAGUUUUACCUGUUAUUUAGCCAUGACGUCCAGAAUGUUGAGAUUUUGCUAUGGAUCAUUACGUCUACGAUAUUUUACUGACAUUUUUACCGAUGAGAGUUAACGGUGCUAUAUAUUCGAUAUAUUUCGGGGGCAAAUAAGAUAGGAUCAAUUAAAAACGAGAAGAGACUGUUGUAUAUUCCGAACAAUACCAAAAUUACAUUACACUGUUACCGCUCCCCAAAAGUUCCUUUGUAGUCUUAAGAUAUAACGUUAGUAAAUAAUUAAUUGCAUCCUGGGCCCAGUUGUUCAAGUGUAAGAUAAUCAUAUUUUAACAACAUUUUUCAAAUCCUGAAUUGAUAAUUUCUGGUCGAACUAGCUGGACAAAACUUUAUGAAAUUCUGUAAUUCUUAAUUUUCUUCCAACUGGCAUUGUUUAAAGAUGAUAUACUCACAGGUUUUGCAACAAAUGAGAAAUGUAAUUUUCACUAAUCAAGUGAUUAAGCUAAUCACCUUUUGAACAACUGGGUCCUGAAGAAGUCUGAUCGUAGUCCACCUGUGUAAUUGGUACACGCGUGACUAUCGGUCUUAUGAUUAUAAACAACCAUAAUGCGUGUGUUGUAUUUUUCUCCUCUUGGUAUUAAUUAUAUUUCCACACUAUCGUGCCAUUUAAUGCAUUUCUGUUACUAGAAGAGUAUACACUGUCAGUAGUAUUAUAUCUUAAAGUGUUGUGAUAGCAUUGUCUAUCAAAUUAUCAAUGUCGUAGGAAUGUUGAAUUUCAAUGUGAUGUAGUUUGUGAAGAUUUUUGUGUUUUCAGUGUGAAAUAAUGUAUUUAAACUGUUGAAAUCGGAACCAAACUUAUUUGCAUAAACCGUCUAAUGAUGGAAGUACUAAAUUGAUUAUUUCAAGACAGAUGAUGUCAUUUUAAAACAAAAUAAGUAUGUAGUUUUGUCUUUUAAAUUUUAGCUUUAUCUUGACCAGUUUUAAUUGAAUGAUGGAAUGUCGAAUUUGUCGAGUUUUCCCUGCAAACAAUUUUAAAGACUUUAUCAUAAAAUUGAUUGUCUAGGUCAGCUAUUUAUAUUAUAUGAUACACUGUAAUUGCAUAUAAUGUCUAGUGUUCAAAAUAAAUGAAUACUUUAAGUGGCGAAUUUUCAGUGUAAACCAAUUUCACGAAUUGUCGACUAUGUAAAUCAAUGCAUUCACUAUUUAACAAUUCUUCGAUGUAAUCAUCAUUAGGUUUCAAGUUUUCUCAUUUGCAUUAAUCAUUUGUCGUGACUGAUGAGUUUUCUCAUGUACAAUAUCGUCAAGUCUCUCUUAUACAUCAAAGUUCUGAAUGUAAAGUUAGCCUCCAGAUAAUAUUGUUUACUUUCAUUUACAACGUCACACCAAUUACAAUAUCGAGUAAAACAUACAGAUAAUAUUGUUAGACUUUCAUUUACAACGUCACACCAAUAUCUGUCGAGCUUACGCCGUGUAACUGUUUUCUUGGUUGUUGAAGUUUCACCAUUUUAAAUUAUUGAUUUUAUUGUAAAAUUGUUUGUUGAUGUAGGUCGAGUUUCACCGAUUUAUUGAUGAUAAGUUACCUCUAAGUCACCAUAUCAAACGUAUCUGUGAUAUACUGGUGUGUAUGAUGUACGUGAGGAUUAUAACAAGCUGUAUUAUAACUGUGCAUUUAUUUGAAACUUAUCAUGUGAUCACUGUACACAUGUUAGUAGUGCUAAUAUAAUAUGAAAAUUUGUAAAAUAAAUUUUACGCAAAAUGGU